ACGCUGCCCCUGCACAUGCGCGGCAAAACCGCGCCUCUCACCACAACAGUUCAAAACACAGUGGCACUUCCGUGCUUCACCAACUUUGCUCUCAAUUACCACUUCUGACCCACAGACAACGACAACCUAUACCACCUUGGUCACGACUAUGUGCUGAAUACCUUACUACUGGAAAGCAACGCACGAGGCAAAAGGAAGUCACUUAUUUUUCCCUGUAAGAACUUUGGUCAAACUAACAUUACCGUGACCCCAAGAUCCCUAACACAACGGGGAUAAUUUAGUUUAUUUAGUUUCUUAUGGACCUCUUACUCACCUUGUGGUGUCAGUACUAGAGCAGUAUGGGGAGCACCAAUGCACAAAUUAAGAACUUCAUCAGCAUUGCCUAUAACUACCGCCGAAGUAGAACUGACAAAAACUUGAUUCAGCUUCAGCGCCAUCUUCAGAUCUUGUCCGUGGUGACUGACUUGAGCAUAUUUGAGCCGACAUGUGUGGAGACGCUAGAAUUUUAUGUGUGCCUAGAACAGUUUCUCAACUCGUCAGAUGCCAAAUCGCCAGUGGUAUGGAAAGUCAUCAUCCUUCUUGCUCAUAUUUCCCGUUCUCGGUCAAUCCGAGAAGCUCUCAGAGAUGAUAUUAAGAUUGUCCCCAUAUUGAGUGACUUCUUAGUCGACGCAAAACUUACCAAGGACAAGUCACUCAAGACAUUGAGCCUCAUUGAAGAAAUUUCAUAUAAAAUAAAGAUAUUACGUACAGAAGCAUGGAUGCUUAAGCUAGUACCAUACCUGGUAAACCACAUCACUGAAGGAGACAGUGGUGAUGAACUCCUAGUGCCGGCUCUUACAACACUUGCCAACCUGUGCAGGUCUAACUCGCCAGUUCUUUCCUGUCUUCGCAGUCUGGGUAACAACAAGGCCCUGGUACAGAAGCUGACUGACAUGAAAACAGCGACGAUCAACAUAAAACUUCUGGCUUCUGAGCUAAUGUUCUACCUGGACUUGAAAGAAACUGAUGGUGACUUCAACCUUACCGAGCACAUCUUGGACUUGGUCUUCACUGCAGCAACUGAAGGAUUUAUGGAAAAUAAUGUUUCUUGGCUUCGAUUGGCUGCAGAUGUAUUUGGGGAACUUGUGUCGUGUCUAAGUGUAGAAGACCGCCUAAGAGAGUACAAAAGCUACACAUCAUAUUUACAACCACUGAUCAGUGGCAUGGUUGAGAACAGCCCCGAGUCUCUUGUUGAAGCACUGCUUGAUCUCCUCUACUACAUUAUUGAACUGGACCAGUCUGAGCUACGACCUCUCUAUAAGGAUAUAUUUUGCAAGGCAAUGUUGUGGAUGCAUUCAGAGCGGAGUGGUAUAGCAGCUGUGAAAGUUGUACAGUCACUCAUAACUGUGGUGGGUGACUCGUCAGUCAGCAUAGAUAAUCUGGACAACUUCAUAGGUGUAGUUGCAGAGUCGCUGAAAUUUGACGAGGACUUCAAUAUUAACCAUAAUCGACUUCACCAUAUCAAUGCUACAUUAUCAAUGUUAGAAGGACUCUGCAUUCGUGAUACAGCUUAUCGGCUGAAACUAGCAAUUGAACUUCAGCCAUCAGUAUUCUCGUCUCUCUUGAGGAAAAUUAUGAGUACUGAUAUCCCUUGUUUAUCUUCGGGAAGUACUUCACUGCAGUCCUUCUCUGAUUUUGAGCCAAAUGCCAGUAGAUAUGGUGGGUCCAGUUACAAAAGCAGCCAGGAUAUCUCGAUCCUCUCGGGAAAUGACCUGAAUAGCACCUUUGUGGAGACUGUGUCACAAGCAGUGGUUCUUAUUCUCACAGUGGUCAAACUUCUCGGUUCACAGAAUGCAGAAUUUAUGUUAGAAUAUAGCCAGAUGCUUAAUAAUCCACUUCUGAUGACCCAUUUGGUUCGAUGUCAACGAUCUAACACCCCAGAGCUUGUGGCCAAAGCUGUCACCAUUAUAUCUGAGGGAACAGUGCCAAUUGAAAGUGUGGGUGCACUAAUAAAGGCAUUAGAAGAAGCUAAUGCCUCCUCUAACCCUUCAUUGAACUUUGAUCAAUCUGAUUCCAAGACAAGACUCUUCGGGUCUUGGUGCCAUCCACAGCUUUUCUCUCCAGGCUGUGAAGAAAAUGUGGAAAAGAUGAUAUCACGACUUAGGGGUACUGUUGAUAAAAUGGAGCUGAAGGACUGUGCCUUGACAGACAUAAUGGAAAUGUAUGAAUACAAAAUGGCAGCCAUGGCCCAUGUGGAGACAUCAUUGCAAAAUGCAUUAACUGCAGCAGAUGUACAAAACCGUCACACUCAUUACUCCUUAUUGCAAACACGAGUACAGAAUGACCAUCUGAGGAGCCUGCUGUGCUCAUGGGAGGAGCGUUUGCAAGUAGCUCAAAGAGAAAAAACUGAUGUGCAGUCAAGCAUUUCACAGAUACAAAACUCUGCUAGACAGCUUAGAGAUAAUUUCCGUAAGGAGAAAACAGAAAUGGAAAGACAAGCACUAGACUUACAGAGGGAAGCCUCGGCACUGAGAGAUCAUCUUGACAAUCGGGAGGAGAACAUUCGUCGGCUCCAGCGACAGUUGGGCGAUGCUCACAAUGAGAAUAAAAAUCUGAACAAGCAAAUCAGGGAAGAGCAGGAAAAACAUCAGAAGAUGCAAGAACAGAAUCUAAAGCUAGAAGAAGAGCUUAAAAAGGGGAGAAGAGAUUAUGAUGACCUGCAGAAGGAGAACCAGCGAGUGGAGAAGGUGACAGUGCAGCUAAAGAAAGAGAACUCUGAAUUGGAAUUACUGAUACGCAGUCAUGAAGAAGCCAUGUCAGCAAAGGAGACAGAACUGGAAGAGAUGACUAGGAAAUUUAAUGAACUGAAGCGCAUCCAAGAUAUGAUUCAUAAUAUAUCUUCUGGCAAAUUGGGAAUGUAAUAUUAUGUUUUGUAAUUUGUGCGAGGGCUUAGUUCAAAUUGUCAUGUUUUAAGAACAUUCGUAUACAACGGUAUUGAUGUUUGAAUUGAAUAUUUUGGUUAAAGCAAGCAAAUCUUAUAUGGUUUUAAGUGCAUUCAUGUAUAUAUAUAUAUAUAUGUGUAGUUGUAAUGAAUGUUGCUAAUACUAUACUCAUUGUAGUCCCUGUGGCGUAGUAAUAAAGCACUCGCUCGGCACUUGGUGAGCACUUUGGCCUGGUGCGUAAAAGCAAAGGAGGAUAAACUGGGAUCCACUCCUUAACUGUAGCCUCUGUUCUGCCAGCAAUGAAUUGGGUACCUGGUUGUUUAACGAUUUGGCAGGUCGUAUUCUGGGGAAAAAAUUAUGAUUGGGGACUUGCCUGAUAUGCUAUGCAUGCUAGUGCUUUACAAGAAUGUAAGAACGUUUGUAUAUAUAAAUAAACUAAU